UGGGCCAACCGAUCCUGGUGGUGUUAUAUGGGAUAUGUCAUGCGGAAAAAGGAACUGCAAAACAACUUGUUUUGAGAUUUUCGGGAAAUAGUGGUAUGUUUCGGAAUUUCCUGACAGCACACUGGGGUCAAGCUUGACUAGAAAGGAAGUAAAAGCGAAUAACGGUCGAGAGAGUCUGAAGCAGAUUCAUUAGGAAGAAGUUACUUCCGCCUCCAGCGAUGACGCGAGACUGACGAAGAAGAGGAAGGAGCUGAUAUUGGAGCAGCUCGCGCCUCGCUAAGUUACAGCAACAGAGCUGGAAAGCAAAGGAAAGUGAAGCGAGACAGGAAGGAAGCAAGCAGAAGGUUCUCUGAGAAGGGCUCGUGUUUUAGACUGUUUUCCGCCCUCGAAAUGAAGAGCAGAACUCACUCUUGUUGCCAAGGGGACCCUUAAUUCUACCCUGGACGUGUUUCGGUUCGAGUGAAUGGCUUAGUGAGUGAGUUGUGAGCGGUUCAGCAUGAGGGACUCGACGGUGUUUUCUCCUCGUUGUCCAACAGCAGCAGCAGCAGCAGCAGGAGGACAAGAUGGCAGCUUGUAGCGAGUGUUUAGAGGCUGCUGAGGGUGAACAUUCGAGCCCGAACAUGUCUCUGCUUUUCCGCUACAGUCGCUGGCUGUGAAGGUAUGGCCUCACAGGUUUUGGUCUGCCCACCGCAUGUGCAUCAGCCCCAGAUAAGUGCCUUUAGCAGCGUGAGGAAAGUGGAGACCAGCAGCUGUGUGUACCAUGAGAAGCCUCCUCGCACCUACGUGGUCGGCGUGAACCUAGGCAUCGCGCAUCCGACCAAUAUCACCACCCAUCCAUCUUUAAAGACACAAGCGCAGGAGAGAGCAGGAUAUUCAUUACAGACUCUGGCUCGUGGAGAGCCACGCAGAGGGAUUGUUUCCUCCUACAGUUGUGUAGGAGACGGAGGACAGGAAAGAGAGGAGGGGGAGGAGGUGGAAGAGGAGAAGGAGAGCAGAGGGACGUUUGACGGAUGUGGGUUUGAACGAACAAAAGACGAGGAGCAGGGCAACAGCGUGAGGACCAUGCAGAUCGUAGAGGAACAUCCGUCGCUGCCGGCCAUGCUGCAAAGCAACGUGGGUAGCACAGUUCCCUCCAAUCAGAAUGUGGCAGGGACAGGGGGUGGGGCCAACGACGGGGACUACCAGCUGGUGCAGCACGAGGUCCUGUGCUCUAUGAAGCACACAUACGAGGUGCUGGAGUUCCUUGGCCGUGGAACGUUCGGCCAGGUUGCGAAAUGCUGGAAGCGUGGCACCAACGAGAUCGUUGCCGUGAAGAUCCUGAAGAAGCAUCCGUCGUAUGCGCGCCAGGGUCAGAUCGAGGUGGGCAUCCUGGCGCGCCUGAGUGCCGAGAACGCCGAUGAGCACAACCUGGUGCGUGCCUUUGAGUGCUUCCAGCACCGCAGCCACACGUGCCUGGUGUUUGAGAUGCUCGAGCAGAACCUGUACGACUUCUUGAAGCAGAACAAGUUCAGCCCACUGCCGCUGAAGGUGAUCCGUGCUGUGCUGCAGCAGGUGGCCACAGCGCUCCGCAAGCUCAAGAGCCUCGGGCUGAUUCACGCCGACCUCAAACCUGAGAACAUCAUGCUGGUGGAUCCACGCAGGCAGCCGUACCGUGUCAAGGUUAUUGACUUUGGCUCGGCCAGCCACGUCUCCAAGGCCGUGUGCUCCACCUACCUGCAGUCGCGCUACUACAGGGCUCCGGAGAUCAUCCUGGGUCUGCCCUUUUGUGAGGCCAUAGACAUGUGGUCACUGGGCUGCGUCAUCGCUGAGCUGUUUCUCGGCUGGCCGCUUUACCCUGGAGCUCUGGAGUAUGACCAGAUUCGCUACAUUUCUCAAACUCAAGGGCUGCCCGGCGAGCACCUCUUAAAUGUGGGGACAAAAACGUCCCGAUUCUUCUGCAAGGCGUCUGACUCGCCGUACGCAGCCUGGAGGCUGAAGACAACAGAGGAGCACGAGACAGAGACUGGAAUGAAAUCGAAGGAGGCCAGGAAGUACAUCUUCAGCUGUCUGGAUGACAUCGGCCAUGUGAACCUGGUGUUAAAUAUGGAGGGCUGUGAUCAGCUUGCGGAGAAAGCAGACAGGCGAGAGUUUGUGGAUCUGCUCAGGAUGAUGUUGCUGAUCGACGCUGACCAGCGAAUCACUCCUUCAGACGCCCUCAACCACCCUUUCGUCACUAUGCAGCACUUACUGGACUUUCCACACAGCAACCACGUGCAGUCGUGUUUCCACAUCAUGGACAUGUGCCACUCAAGGAGCAGCGCAUAUGAUGUGGUGAACCGCAACAAAGCCCCGCCCCCUCUCAUGAAACCAGUCACACUACCCAGCGGCCCCAACAUCGCAGUCUUCAACAAAAUACCCUCCAUGCAUUCACAGGCUCUGGCUCCACCUGCGCCACCUGUGGUACAUCCUGGCAUUCCCCUGCAGACAGGAAGUGCACAGUUUGGCUGCACUGAGUCUUUUCAGCAAACACUCAUCCUUUGCCCACCAGCCAUUCAAGGAAUCGGGUCCAAUCCAAACCAGCCGUCAGGAUAUUCAGUGCGGAUGGAUAAUACACUGCCACUGGUGACUCAAGCUCCAGCCAUCCAGACUUUACCUCUCAGACCAGGAGUCAUAGCACAGCAGCCGUGGUCCAACAGGACUCCACAAAUCCUGGUACCCACAUGGCAGCAGGUGCCUCCUCCACCCACCACGCUACCCUCAGACACUGUCUCCUGCCCUCAGAGGAGAGGGGACUGGGGGAAAGUGCGUUCACACACCAGCCAUUAUGGUUCCAUGAUGCCGCCACCACUCGUGCCCAAUCAGAUGGCUGUAUCUGCGCACCAGCCCGUGAACAUAGGCAUUGCUCACGUGGUGUGGCCUCAGGCUACAGCCAACAAGAGCGGCAAGCCCAGUCAGAAUAGGGGUCUAAAUAUGUUGCACUACACAGAAAUGCAUACUUCAGUGUGCCUCUCACCAAAGACUCAAAGACAGGACGUCCUGCGAAACCCACAGACGGGGCUUAGGGACAGGGAGGCGGAGUCGCAGCCCAAGAAGGAGCCAAAUGGCAUCGAUGAGACUGAGGAAGAGAGCUGCUGUAAGACGAAAGAGCAGGGCUCUAACGAGCAGCUAUUAGCAACCAAUCAGCAACGAGAGUCUAUUGUUAUUGGCGAAUCGCCGAGCCCAGCGGUCAGCGUCAUUAGCAUAAGCAGCGAUACGGAUGAGGACGAGAGGGACACAGAAGAGCAGAGGUGUUCCUCUAACACAUGCAAGGGCAGUUCAGAUUGUGAGGCAUGUAAAGGAUCUCUGAAUAUGGAUCGUGUGUGUUCACUCAGCAGCCCAGACAGCAGCCUGAGCACGAGCUCCUCAGCCUCGGCUCAGUCCAGUCCCUCACCCUGCAAGAGACCAAACAGCAUGUCUGAGGAUGAUGGUCACGAGAGCGGCUGUGACACGGUGGAUGGCUCCCCAGCAUCAGACACGCUCAGUAGCCCAUUUCCUGAGAGGCGCUUUCUGAACACCAAUCAGAAGCAGGAAGCUGAAACACGCCGGAGCAACAUGCGCACAGAGACAACGAUAAAACCGGCUGUCAGGACGGUGGUGGUGCCACCGCUCAGAGUGAUCAACAACAAUAACAACCAGCAGCAGCAUGGUAACCCAGUGUUCGAGUCAUCGUGCCAGUUGCGAGGACGAUGCGCUCCCGGCCGGUUGACUCUGCACUCCACUCCGAGUUUGCCCCGCCAGCACAAGUUCACCUCGACAUUCCAGCAGCAACAGCCUCUGGGCUAUGGCCAGGUCCAGCACUACAACUCCUGUCACACCGAAUGGAACGGCAACUACACCCAGCCUCGCCGUCCGCAGGCCUUCAUCCCUCCCACGGUGCACGGCCACACCUUCCCUCACGCCAGCCCCACACGCUCAGCCCAGGCUCCUCCCCCAGCCCCUCCCGCCCUGCUCUCCUAUCCUCCUCCCGCCCCCGUCGCCCACCUGCUGCCCUCCCCACGGCCCAUGCUGCAACCCGCCUACAGUCUGGUGCCUCAGGGUAUCAGCAUGGGUAUCAACCCGGGCAUCGACCCACGCCUGCUGCCCUCACCCACGCUGCACCCGCCGGCCGCCUUCAAAGCCCUGUUCACACCGCACUCGUACGUAACUUCGCCCGCCUACACAAGCUUCCCACUCAGCCCCACCAAACUGCCCCAGUACCCCUACAUCUGACACAUAUACACACACACAUCAACACCAACCCCAGGGGCCCUUACUGAUAAGACACACUUGUCUCCAAAAAUCGUGGGGUUUAAUACAUUCUAAACAGGUAUCAUGGAAGAAAUAAAAGGAAGAAAACUUGGUAUAUGAAUUGAUUAAAACUCACUUUUCAUGCCUUUUGCACAUUUGAUAUUGAAAAGAAGAAUAACCGAAAAUCCUGCCCCCCCACCCACUUACUGAGUCAUUAAAUCCUUUCCUGUAUACAGGGGCAUGAUGGGAUAUUGUCACUCUAUAGCUAUUUUUCUAUAUUGCCUUCUAAAUGUGACUUGGUAAAGCCAUCCCAGCCAUCUGGUGGUAGGGUCCACGUGUGUGUGUGUGUGUGUGUGUGUGUGUGUGUGUGUGUGUGUGACUCCCUCUUGUUGGUGUUACAUGUCUGUAUUUUUGUAACAGGCUCGUGCCCCUUCGUUCCCAGUGUUAACUCCUGUACACAACAUCCCAUAUUUUAAGGUUGCUACACUCUACAUGAAGGAAACACGAGACUCAGAACUCACUUUGUGUUUUUGUAGGAGUGUAACCUUGUCCCAUAAAGUGCCUUAUUUAAAAUAAAUAAAUAAAUAAUGUUUGUGCAGGGUGUGACCUGACACUCUUGCAUUCACAUGACUGCAACAGGACUUGAAAUUUCACCUUUUUUUUUUUUGAUUUAUACAUUAAGGCUAUCUUUUUUUUUUUUUUUUUUUUUUGGUCAGGAUUGAUUUUGGCUGGUUUUAUUUUUUAGUACGAUCUGUACUUCAAUUUUGUGUUAAAAUCUAUCGUCCCUUAUUGCGAAGUGGAUUAGGAAUGACACGAAUACAUUGUGUAUGUUCUAAAUUCUCCCUAUUUUUAUUUUUCUUCAUGAAUUUGUUGUUGUGCUUGUUAUGUAAGUGUUGAGACUUAUGCAUUUCUUCGUCCCGCUUCCACCCCUGCUGUAUUAAAUAUUUUUUUACAUGUUGCAUUUUUGAGAAGACCUACCCAGCAAGAGGUAGAGUACCAAAAUAAAUUCCCAUUUUAGUCGCUAUGGAGACGGCUUACAGGUUUUUCCCAUCACUGUUCAGUCUACGAGGGAGUUUUUGAUGUUGACCUGCUCGGGUUUUGGCGGACGAGCGGAUCCAUUCCUCUCUUGAUGGUUUUAAUUUAAAGUGCCCUGUGUAUGGGGGAAUCACUGGUGUGAUGUGUUUUUUAUAAUUGUUUGUUUUUUCUUUUUGUUUGUUUGGUUUUUUUCUGCGUGGUUUUCCUUUUGAUUACUCGGCAGUAGCAAGCGUUCUCACCGAAUGAACUAUAUACAGUUUUGAUUAUAUUUCCUACUUGAUAAUCAGUUGCUACUCUGUCACUUAAUGCUAACAGUAUUUACACUGUUUAACACAACUGCAAUACAAUCCAUCUUUCUGGGUGUUGUUUGCUUUUUAAUUCAUUAUUCUAAUUUUUUAGAAUUAGACGUGUAUUAUUUUUUUUGGUAUUGGCAUUAACCUGCAGAUAGCUCUUUAAAUCACUGACAUGGUUUCCUGUUAGCUUGUGCAGAGAUUUCAGUAUUUAACUGUUGAUCUGUCAUUGUUGGAGUAUUUAGUGCUACUCUGAGGUGUGAGUUGGUUGUGUGCAAUCCCCCCCCCCAAUCUAUUAUAAGCAGGUGGCGAGAUUCAUUUCCGCUCGUACCGUACCGUUGAGCUUUUCAGUGCUGGCUGAUUUUAAAUUGAUACAUUCCGUCAGGGAGAAAUGGUUUGUUUUGUUUUUGUUUUUUUUCCUAACGUGCUUUGUGUUUUAUUUUUUCCUUUUGCUAUCAUUAUAAAACAAAUGCUUUCGCUACACCAAAGACAGUAAUUGAUUUCUUAAGCGACAUAGCUACUGUUCUAGCCUAGACCUCAGAUAUUACUCUAGAUGGGGAUGUAUUAAAGAAAAAAUAAGAUUACUCUGUAUAAAGGUUGAGGUUGAUGUUUAGCUUUUUGGCAAGUUUAAUGAUUUCGUUUAUCCUUGAAUGUACCAUAGAUAAGCUGCUAUUCACUGAUCGCCACUUCAUCAUGCUGUGAGGGUAAAGUGAUUUAACUUUGUUCUUAGCUUUCUUAUUUUUUUUAUUAUUAUUUUUUUUUGUACGUGCGUUUCGACGACCUUAAGAUAGACGUGAGGUUUUUCUUUUGGUUUUACUCUACUGAGCGGCAUCGAACCCGUUUUAAUGCCUAUGUAUAUUUUGCUUUUCUGUUUGAAGUGUCAUUGUAACUACUGUAUUGCGAUUGAUGGACGUUUUGGUUUGUCGUGUUUUUCGGGUGUGUUCUCUGUUUCUGAUUUUUCUCAAUCCUUUUGUUUUACAUCUGUGUAUUAUCUGUAGUGUUAUUGGUAAUCUUGGGGCUCAUCGUUGCAUAUGAGAUGCAUAUUGGUGUAUAUCGUAUGUUUCGAUAUAUAGAUUAAGUUUAUAUACAUAUACUAAAUAUAUAUAAGUUUAUCUAUAUAUAUAUUUAGUAUUUCGAUAAGGCAUAGCUUGCAGGAUAGGUUUAACUUUGUUGUUGUUGUGGAUGUGUUUAUCUAUCGAUUGGUUUGAGAUGGAGGAAAAAUGCGCCGCUAUGAGAUCGUACAUUAUUCCGGUUUGUCACUUGCACAGAGUUGAGGAAGAAGUGGUGUUGCUUGUUUAUAAUCGAUUGCAGUGCUUAUUGUUAAUCAGCAUGUAUUUCAAAAGUCUUGAGCAUUUACUUUCAAUUAGAUUUCAAUCAGUCCAUGUUUAUAGACUAUGCCUGGUGUACUUAUUCGGCUAAUACGACGAUCAUGUUGUUGAUAUGAAUUAAUUCCCAGAUGCAUGGGUAGUAUAGCGGCGGCCUUUUUUCUUUUUUCUUUUUUUUUUUUUCCUUAGCGUGGUCUUGGUGUGGAAAUCGUCACACGCCCGUAUUCUGCUCUGUAGAAAGAGCAGCGCUAAACUAGUGCCUUUCAGAUGUGCUUCAGACCUUUAUGUCCUGUGCACACACAAACACACACACACACAGCGACCCAGAUCUCUUGUUCUCGCUUGUGAGGUCAGUUAAAGUGUUGUAUCUUGUGUUGUGUGUGUUCUUGACUCUUUUGGACCUCUUAGUGUGGAAAAAUUAGUUAUGCACUGGUUUCCAGGUGUGUGUGUGUGUGUGUGUGUGUGUGUGUGUGUGUGUGUGUGUGUGUGUGUGUGUGUGUGGGUGUGUGUGUGUGUGUGUGUGUGUGUGUGUGUGUGUUUUCUCCGCUAUAGUUCUGUCUUCAGUAGUGUUCGUGUCAGUUGGCAGUCACACGCCAAAAGCAUGCAAUGCAGUGAUGUCUUCAGAGAUUAGAUUUUUUUUUUAUUAUUUAAAAUUUUUAAUCCGUACAUUUCAUUUGACGUGUGUGGGGUUUUUUUUUUUUGUUGUUUGUUUGCUUUUUUCCUUCCUUUCUUUGCCUUGUUUUCUUCUCUUUUUUUGUGGCUAUUAUCCAACAACAGAAAUCCAAUAAUGAAAUGCUAUCAGGGAUCAUUACUGUUCCGCUGACGUGGUCCUCUUUCCCGUAUUGAAGCUUUACAUAAAGUACACUGUAAUUGUAAUAAGCUUGGAAUAACCAUCAUCCCGCAGUUUACAACCUCGUCCUUUAAGCCGCAAACUCUAUUCAACGGGACACAACGUUCAUGCCAAUGUGCACGUUAUUUGCUUUAAUGUACUUAAAGAUUUGGUCCAAAAACAGUGUGGUUUAGAGCCACGAAAUCAAAAUCAUUUCACUUUUAUACACAAUGUUAAACAUGUAGCACUAGGGACAAGUACACAUUUGUAUAAUUAUGCAUUACAUCAAAAUCACCCUUUUUUUGUUGUUGUUGUUUUAAAUCUGCAUUUAGACGAGAUCUAACAAAAACUCAAAUGGAGAAUUAAAACUAAAGCAAGUAUAAGUGUGACAGUCUGGGAAAACCUUUCACAUGGUCAUAAUUUCACAUUUUCUAUUAAAUAUAGUUCUGAAAAUUGCUCUUGAACUGUUUUUUUUUUUUUUUUUUUUUAAAUAAUAAUAAUAAAAAAACACAGUUAAAAGAUUUCAUUCCAGUUCUGCUGAAAGAUGAUGUGCCUACCUCUACACUUUAAUCUGCUGAUUGAUGAGCAGCUCUACUGCCAAAUUUUAAAGAAUUAUUAAGCAGUUUACAGCAGGAAAUGAGUUCUCACUUUGAUUAUCAGCAUCAUCCUCGUCAUCUCUGUCUCAUCACAGUGACGUUUAAACACAAACUUCGUGAUAUUUUCUUCACUACCUCUGAUCUCUGUUCACAAAAAUAACCACUUGUUUAUUUUCUCCUUUUUUUCUCUUUUUUUUUUCUCCUCCCCAUUUCUUGUUAUGAAUGUCUUUUUAUUAGGUCAUUCAAACAUUUUAUAACCGAGUGUAAGCUCUCACUGGACUAACUUUCUCUCUCUUUCUGUAGCUCUAACAGCUUCUACCUUCAUAUUCACUGUGUGUGGAAAUCAGAUUGACUGAAAUCAGAUUGACUGUUUUUACCACCGAUUUUGUUCAAUUGCCUACUUACGCAACAUGGUCUUUGCAGGAAGACACCAAGGCAAGGUUGUAUAAAAUAUUUCCAUGUCAUUUGGAUAAAUACACCGUAGUGUGCAGAAGUCUUAGGCGCAUGUACAGAAAUGCUUUAAAGCAAAGAUUCUCUCAAUGUAGUUUAUACACAAUAAAAAAUAUUUGUGUACAGUAAUACACUUCUUUUAAUGUAAUAAGAUUUUGCCGAUACAUUUUUUUUUUUUUUGUUGCAAAAACAUUUUUGGAAUUUUAUUUAUUUUUUUAAAUAAACACUGACCCAGCAAUGCUGAAGUCAUAAGAUGAACAUCUGUAACAAAAUUCUAUAUUAAAAACUGUAGGGUGCCUAAGACUUGCACAGUAUUGUAUAUUUAACUUGAGUAGAAAGUUUAAGUAUUUAUGCAAGAAAAGAAUUAAACCAGAUUUGUCAUAAUUUUUGGGAGCAAGGUCCAACAGGUUUUCCCAGACCGCCCCACACACGCAUACAUAUCCAUCAAAACUUUUACUAAUCAAGUUGAAACUGAUAAAGUACUCCCAUCAAACCGAACAAUUGUCUUUGGCUUGUUUUUAUUUGACUGUGUUUUCUCUCGAUUUACGAUCCCCCCCUAGAGACGUGUACAGAAAUUCAGGGUCUUGGUAUUUGUCACAUGUGCUACUGUAUACCAGUUUCUAUCCUAAUGUUUGGGUUUGAUCGCUUUUGAGCUAUUAACCUUUUUUUCUGCAAAUUUAUAUUUUAGUAGAAGUUAAAUCUCGCUUCAAGUUAUCAGAGAAUAGAUUUAGACUUCAGAGUAAGUGGACUUGAUUUACUAAAUUGGAACUGUUACUGUUUUAAUACAUGUAGGUUUUUGUGGCUUUCUAAUUUGUUUUUUGCUUCUGAUUUACUUUUACGCUACAAUAGUUUGCCAUGUAGCCAUUGCACUGUGCAAUAUUCAGUAUAUGAGGACUGGGAACUUUUUUUUUUUUCUUUUUUCUUCGUGUGUGUAAUGUCUCUUACAAUUUUCAGUCGUUAUUUCUCUGGUUCUCAGUGAUUUCUAUGUGACCAAGCCUUAUGUACUUUGUCACAAAAAGCGGGUUUUCCUGGUGAUUAUUUGGUGAGUGUCAAAUUAAAGAAAUUAUGAUGUAUUGUCAAUUCACUUUGAAUUAAAAAUAUAUAUUGCUGCAGGCAA